AUGGCCCCCUACGCUCGCGCGGUGGCCCCGCCUACCCCUAUCCUGGGUUCCACGGCCCUGUGCCUCGCGGCCGCGCCCGCCGGCACGGCGGAGUCGAAGCGAGGCUCUAGGGUGGCCCUCAGGGCGGCGGAGAGGGUGGAGGCGGACCGGGUGGCUCGCGGGAAGGCCCUGAUGCGCGCCCGGCGCAGCCUGUUGGAGAGGGAGUACUGCUCUAUCCCGCUUCAGGAGAAGGUCUUGCUGCUCGAGGUGCUGGUAGACACGGCCUACGAGACCAAGCGCAUCCGGUCCCUGCUGGCUGAUAACAUGGCCGCCAGGAUGAGCCUGGAGUCGCAGAGGCGCGAGGAGAUCAUCGUGUACAACCGAGAGAUGAGGGAGAAGGCCACAGCACAGAAAGUAAAGGUGCACGCGCGUCUCCGCAAGGCGAACGAGGAGCUCUACCUCCAGCGCGCGUGGGACUCCGAGAAGGCGGCGGCCGAACGGGCCAAGAGAGCGAUCGAGCUUGGGCUAGUCGCCGCCGUCGCGAACGGUAAGAACAAGAGCAAGAACAACGGUGGCGACGCUACGGCGGCGGCGGCGGCGGCGGCGGCGGCGGCGGCGGCGGUAGCUAACGGCGACGGCGGUGCUGCUAGCAGCAACGGUGCUCGGGCGGCGUCACCCGCGCCGGGAGCGGUGCCCGGCGGAGAUGGAGGCGGUGGUGGCGCCGGCAAGGGGAAGGGGAAGGGGAAGAAGGGGAAAGGGAAGGCGGGCGGCGGCGGGGGGGAGGACGGCGAGGACGGGCUGAAGACGCUCAAGACGCAGGGGGGAGGGAUCGUGAAGGUCAACCCCAAGAUUUUCGAGCCGGACAGGGGGCAGCUUAUGUCGGGCAUCAUAGAGGAGACGGCGAAGGAGGCUUGCGGCGGAGACUACAAGCUCAGAUCGAUCGAUAUCCCAGAAGACGACGUCGACCCCUUUGAGGCGGAGCAGCUGGCGGAGGACAAGGCAGCCAAGAAGAUCAUGCUCGAAAACCUCACACGCAUCGAGCUGAUCCAGCGGCGUCGCGAGAAGGACGCGAGGGACAAGGAGCGCAACAAGCGCAGGCAGGAGUGGAAGGAGAGGCGGCUGCAGAGGGUACACCAAGUCAGAGCCUUGCAGUCUCUGAAGGCCGCGACGGCUAAGGGGGAUGUCCAGAGUCUAGAGGAGGCAUUGAAGGAAGGGAGGAAGGUGCUUCUCGAGGAGGAGGAUGGCGAUGGAACCAGGUUCUUGUGCCCCGAGAUGCGAGACGCUUACGUGGCGCUUUCUAACGCCAAGGAGCGCAUGGGGCGAACGGAGAUCCUGCAGAAGUACAAGGGGCUCAUGGCGGAGAAGUUCGUCCGCACGGAGCCCCUGGGGUCCGACAGGGACGGCCGGCGGUACUGGGUCUUCGAGGGGGAUUCGAGGAUUCACGUGGAGGUGAUCACCCGCAGGGAGGGGGUCCCCGCCGUCGAGGACACGCCACCCAAGACGCCGGUAUCCUCGGCGAUCGAGUUGGAGGCCGUCGCGGAUGACGACCACGUCAACGGCACCGGCACGACCAAGGCCACCGGUAAGGGCAAGACUAAGGCGGAGGUUACCGCUGACGGCGAUGCUAACGGCACCGGCGCUAGUUCUUCCUCGGACAAGCAGGCCGAGGUGGUGGCGGACAAGGCCCCACACCCCCCGAUGGAGGUGUACCACCCGGUGUGGUCGGAGUCUGUCUGGAUGUACUACGAUACGCCGGAGGAGUUCCUGAAUCUGAUCGAGAGCCUGGACCCGAGGGGAAAGCGGGAGGCUGACCUCAAGCAGGCGCUGCAGGAGAGAUUCGAUAUAUCUGACCUAGAGCGCGACGCCAAGGACAGAGCGAUAUCGAUGUCGGAUGCCGCCAAAAGCGGAGGCAGCAUGUCCUGGCGCGAGGAGGGCUCCGAGUACCUCGGCAAGCGCGUGAAGCGGGUCUUCGGCCGGAGGGUUGCCGGCGCCACGGUUACGAAGUGGAUCCCUAAGGAGAGCAACCAGGGGCUGGCGCUGUGGCACCUCCGCCACGACGACGGCGACGAGGAGGACCUCGAGGAGUUCGAGGUCAAGGAGGGGAUGGCCAUGGCCGAGGCCGAAGAGGCGGUGGCGGCGGCGGGAUCGGGACCCGGGAGUGGCGACGGCGUUUCGGAGCUUGUCAAGGCCGCGGUGGACGGGAGCUUGAGCCAGACCUUCUCUGAGUACAUGAAUCGUCUCAACAAGAUGCAGGCGAUAAAGGAGCGAGAUCUUGGGGUUUCCGCGCUGCAGGAGGCCUUGCUGCACAGAGAAGCGGGGAUGCUCGAUGACAUCAAAGACCGCACCAGGGACUACGCGAAGGGUUCGAACACCGCCACUCCCCGCGGCGCGUGGUUGCGGCUCGUCAAGGACGCGGCCGGGGUUCCCGACAUGAAGGAUGCGAUUCUGAUGCUGGAGGAGACCUUGCGGGGCCUCCAGGAGGGGGAGGACAAGAUGGAGGGCGGCCGCAUGGAGCUGGAGGCUAAGGGUUGGAAUUUCUCUCCAGAUGCCCACCCCCUCAUCGGCCGCCGCUGUCGCCGCUUCUUCAAGGAGUUCGGCAAGAGCAACUGCACGGUGGCGGCGCACCUUCCGGCAAAGAACGGAGACCCCGAGCUAUGGCACGUGGUCCACGACGACGGAGACGAGGAAGACAUGGAGGACCACGAGUUAGCAAAAGCCAUGAAGUAUUUCGACGAGGGCGUCGAGGAAAUGCCAGACGACGAGGAGGAGAACGAGGAAGACGAAGAGGAUGAUGAUGGUUCUCAGGACGAAAGCAACGCCGGCCAGGGAGACGGAGACGGGGAGGAAGAGGAGGAGGAGGAGGAGGAGGAGGAGGAAGACGAGGAGGAAGAAGAGGAGGACGAAGACGGACCGGAGGCGUCCCCCACUCAGUUCCGCUUGACGCUCUGGGAGAACUGGGGCGCGCGGCAGGGCUGGGUGAAGGCCAUCAAGGCGGCCAAGACGGUGGGGACCCUGGCCCUCGGGUUCCUCACCCUGGUGGAGACGGCCUAUCUCUUUGGCAUCGGCAAGGAAUCCAUGCUGGAAGCCAACCGCUCGCGCGCGCGCAUGGCCAAAGCCUGGGAGACCCCCCGCGGCAAGGGUGGCAAGACCAGCCGGCGAGCCGCCGCCGUUGCCGCGUCCGCGGCCAUCUCCAGCUUCGCCGCGGACGUGGACGUGGACGGAGGCGAUUCGCCCUCGGGCACCGUGGGGAAGAGGAGGAGUUCUAGGGGGGAGAGCAGCGGCGGCGGGUCCGGCGAGAAGCGGCAGAGACGGUGAAAGAAGCGGGGAAGGCGAAUACUUCUCCGGCCGGCGGUUUGAGUUUGUAUUUGAGUGACAAUGGCCUGAAGGAACUUUCUCUCUCUCGCUCCGAACGCUGUGUCUGCUUGUUCCUGUUUUCGUUAGGGAGGGUUUCAUCUGAGUGUGAUAGGGGAAACGCGCGGGCUGGACGAACAUUGUUAGCGCUGGGUUGUAGUCUAAAUUUAUCAAGAAACGCUGGUGAAGAAGUGAGUAAUUUUCCAACAAGAAGGAGAUAUCGCUUCGAGGAGAAUGCCGCGGAGAAGGGUUUGGUUGGAGAGGAGUAUUAUUAAGACUGGUCCACUUCCACAGGCGCGUUCUGAUACAUGGGUUUUGUGCAGUUUAGGGAUUGCUUGCAUCACUUGUUAGGAGAGUAUCAUAAGGUAUAAAUUGGAGAUGUCAGCAGUAGUGAAGGAAAUAUGAUGCUUCUCGCGUUUUUUGUGUAGGUGAUAUCUGUGUUUCUGGUGCCUUAUUAUUCCUUUGUGACGCUCAUCAUGCUCGCUCACGACGACGAUCUUACAUUGUGACCUUGUUGUCUGAGUAUAGCGUGAUAGAUAUAUAUCGCACAGAGUCAUGUGGUCAGUUGUGUGUUAAGAAGUUGAUUUAGGGGAGGGAAUCAUGGUACAAUCUAAGAAACAGAGUCUGUUUGACGAUAUCAAGGACGAGCUAUUGUCGAUAAUAUAAACCGAUCAGGGCAUGAAUCGUCUGAGAAAACCUCGUCGCUGGGGUUUACAACAGCGAAACAAGAGUAAGAAAGGGCGGGAGAGGUUGCCAUCGAAAAUGAGUUACGGCUGUUGGCGGUCGCGAGUGACAGCGUGAGAGCUCUUGGCAUCCUUGAGAGCCAAAAAUGAAUGGUGGAGCGAGCCCUGCCGGCAGGAGUCCGCGACAUUGGUGACGACGAGAGUAAGUGGGUGCCUUGGGAGAAAAUUCAAGACAGAACGCAGCCAUGCGGGCGGGGAACAACGCGGCGCUAGUU